AGCAGAAUACACCAGGAAGGUUUAGUGUUAAGUCCUCACUGGGACAAAUAUAGCACCAGUGUAGCCAGCUGGAGGGCUUGUUAGCUGAUCCGGGAGCCCGACCACAGCGUAUGGAGAGACUCUCAUCCUCACUCAGCCCUUCAGACGGACGCUGACUGACUCAUAACUCGGACCGCAAGAAGUGAAUUCACUCAGUUGCUCCAGCAGCUCUGCAAUGUGUUGCAUUCGAGGAAGUUGUUGAAGGCAGCAUGAGUUGUUGUGUCAGCGCGGGCCAGGCGGACAGAGCCUCGUUCUCCAGCUGAGUGGACCCCCCCCCCUGGCCGAGGCAGCAUCCUUGUUACAUGUGUACAACCAUGAAGUUCAACCAGUGCGUAUUGCAGGAGUCUGCCGUGAACCGCGACGAGAACAAAGUGUGGAAAUGGCACAUUCAGGACCCCGCCAGCCAGAGACUGACGUGGAACAAGCCCCCAAAAAGUGUCCUUGUCAUCAAGAAGAUCCGAGAUGCCAGUCUGCUCGAGCCUUUCAAAGAGCUCUGCAUAUUCCUCACCGAGAUGAAAAACAUGAUUGUUUACGUGGAAAAGAAAGUUCUAGAGGACCCGGCCAUUUCUGGUGAUGAAAACUUCGGAGCCAUCACGAAGAAAUUCUGCACUUUCAGAGAAGAUCUUGAUGACAUCUCCAAUCGUGUGGACUUCAUCAUCUGUCUUGGUGGAGAUGGGACGUUAUUGUAUGCAUCUUCACUCUUCCAGGAAAGUGUUCCACCAGUUAUGGCCUUCCACCUGGGCUCCCUGGGCUUCUUGACCCCUUUUAAAUUUGACACCUACCAGUCUCAGGUCACCCAAAUAAUUGAAGGUAACGCUGCCAUCGUCCUGCGCAGUCGCUUGAAAGUGCGAGUGCUUAAAGAGAACUGGGACAAGAAGGCCAGAGUGGACGAAAAGGGCAUCAUUCUUACCAACGGGGACAUCGAAAGUAGCCGCAAAGCCGUGCAGUAUCAGGUGCUGAACGAGGUGGUGGUGGACAGAGGGCCCUCUUCCUAUCUAUCCAAUGUGGACCUCUUUCUGGACGGACACCUCAUUACCACAGUACAGGGAGACGGUGUGAUAGUAUCUACACCUACAGGCAGUACAGCUUAUGCAGUGGCAGCAGGCGCUUCCAUGAUCCAUCCAAACGUCCCAGCCAUCAUGAUCACCCCCAUCUGCCCACACUCUCUCUCUUUCAGACCCAUCGUGGUGCCUGCCGGGGUGGAGCUCAAGAUCAUGCUCUCACGCGGUGCCAGAAACACAGCCUGGGUGUCCUUUGAUGGAAGAAAGAGACAAGAGAUCUGCCACGGAGACAGUAUUACCAUCACUACUUCCUGCUUCCCCGUUCCCUCCAUCUGUUUCCGGGACCCGGUCAACGACUGGUUCGAGAGCCUGGCCCAGUGUUUACAUUGGAACGUGAGGAAGAAGCAGAACUACCUCAGCUCAGAGGACGAGGAGUUCUGAAAGCUGUUUUGGCAAUCUUCUAGGUCCUUCUUCGAGGUUUCCAGGACUCCUAAGUUUUUUGUUUUUGUUUUUUUUUAACCUUGACCGUGCUCUGUGCCGUUUCGUAUUUCAAUGGGUUGAAGGUCUCCAACUCCACUCAAAAAUAUCUGCCACAAUAAUGUCGCUCUUCAUCAAAUGAUUCCAUAAAAGACUGCGUCAAUGAGUAAUGAAACAUCUAGCACUUUGGCUGCAGGUCCACCAUAUUGUAUUUUAGUGGAAUCAGACUGUGGGAAUAAGAGGCAAGCAAAUAUAAACAUUGAGUCUAAUCAAUCUCACACAAGCUACUCAGAGGAUUAGUAAUAUAUUAAUGUUAAAAGUAUGAAGCAUUAAUGAAGAGUCUGUAAAAUUCCCAAAAAGAUAUGGUUAUGUUUAACUAUGUAAGCACGUUAAAAUGUUGGAUUUUUUGAAUGGAGUUUGGCCCCACUGUUGGUCCAGGAUCGUCCCUGUGUGUUUUCACUGAGAUGCCUGUGGAAAACUGGCCUUUUGAAGUCUAGUGAUCAAAGGGAAAUGCAAAGAUUGGGAUGUUCUUGGACUAAAAUGCACAAGGUCAGCUGUGGAUGGCAGUUAAUGCAAUACUCUGAAUGGGUGUUAUCAGGUCUGUUCUAGCACUUUUUUAUCUUUAAGGUGGAUGGCAGGGACACACCUUUUACUUUAUAAACAACACAAGCUAGUUCUCACAGAGGUAAAGGCAGAGUUGCACCUUUUUUUUUCUUUUUUUUUUUGAGAACUGUAAAGAAAUUUGUCAGCUCAAACUUUCCCUGAAUUAUCUUGUUAAUCAAAUCAGGAAAAACUGAUGUAAUGCCGUCGAUGAAUGGCAAAUUCUAUGUGCAUCUUGGGGAAGAGCAGAUUACUUGGCAGUAGUGGCCCAACUGUACAGACUGUGCCUUAAACACUGGUAUCAUUAAUGUAUAGACUUUUUUUUUUUUAAGUUUCCUUCCUUCAAGUCAUACACCACACAUCUGUGAUUUGUUCAUUUUCUGAUUAACUACAUGUUGACUGUAGUCUCUGCUGUCUGCGGCACAUGAAACUUAAUCAACUAAUUGAAAUCUAUAGUAUGUUACAUCGUACCUCUGUUCUGCAGUCAUGUAGUAGAUGCGUUGGAUGACGUGUGGUGUCAGGAGGUUAUGUUCAUUCCAGGCAAGGAGACCACAGUUCAGAUGUUUCAACGUCUUUUAACAUCAGUUUUUUAAACAAUGUCUUCUUAAGCCAUAGCUGAACUCUGUGUAGGUUUUAUAGACAAACGUCUGUAGGCUUUAAUGGUCUGAGAGAGAGAGUGUGUGUGUGUGUGUGUGUGUGUGAGAGAGUCUGUCAUGGGCUACUUUUGGGGACAAAUUUCAGAUUUAAUUGGGGAUGGCUUGUCCAAUUGAGGACAAAAGCUGUGUCCUUAUGUGGGAAAAAGAUUUAUGGAUGAAUGGUUAACGUUAUGGUUAAGGUUAAACAAGUUAUAAUGAUGGUUGGGGUCUGCGUAAGUCUCCAGGAAAUGAAUUUAAGUCUAUGUAAUGCCCCCAAAAGUGACCAUGGUCUGAAAUGUGAGUGAGUGUGUGUUCAAUAAUCGACUUUUUACAGAUUUUGGUGACUCUGUUCUUUUCAGUUUGCCACUGCAGUCUUUGCUAAAUACUUUAAGGUGGCCUAUCUUACAUAUCUGUUUGGAUAUCAUUUUUAGAUGUUAAUAUAUACAUGGUGAAUUGGCUCAACUAAUCGUGUUCGGGUGAAAAGAUGAAGGUGAAAAAAGGACCAACCGAGCUCUAAAGGCAAUCAUUCCCUUAACUCUGAGUAUGUGUAUAUAUGUGAUGCUUGAAUAAGAUGUAUUUUGUUAAGUCUAUAUGUUUAUUAACCAGUUUACAAUGUAUCAUUGCUGAAAAUAAAUCUAUUUGUUACUUUUUUACAUGAAUACGUUCUUCAGUUGUUAAUUAUUUUUUUUGUUGAAGUCUAUUUUAACAAUAUUCAUCUUAAACUCAGAUUUUAAACAGUUUGUAACGUGUCAGCAGAACUUUAAGUACAUUUAAAUAGAGCCCACACUUACACAAUAAGCAUUCCAGGUUAACUUGAACAGUGACCUUCUUUAACCCAUGUGUGAAAAUUGAUACUGGUUUAAAAUGUCAGGUCCAGUAAGUCCAGUUCUACUGUAGUUCGAUGCUACAGUCUCAUGACAGCAGCAGUGCGGGCUUUGACUUCCCUUUUUCUAUGAAGCAUUGUCAAGUCUCAAAGUGCUUUUCACUUUUGUAACUCUGAGAGCCUCUAACUCUGACUUUUGUAUAGGUACAGUAAGUUUGUUCAUGUUUUUAAAGUGAAUUCUGCUAUUUUUUUCCCCGUCAGAGUACUUUAAUAAACAGAGAGAAACUUUUAA